AGUCGACUUAGCUUACCCUAAAAAGAAAGCAAAAGAAAGUGUUAGAAGUGUUGAGAGAUUAGGCGAAAUUAGAAAAGAAAUUUAAAAAAGAAAAUUAAACAAAGAACAUUAAAAUCAUUUCCCAAUCCUACCUUAAAGACAAUCCAAGACAUGCAAAGUGUUUUAAAUACCGUUAAAGGAACUGCCCUAAAUGUCGCUGAAUAUUUGACACCAGUUCUAAAGGAAUCCAAAUUCCGUGAAACUGGAGUAUUGACACCGGAAGAAUUUGUGGCAGCCGGCGAUCACUUGGUCCAUCACUGUCCAACCUGGCAAUGGGCAGCUGGCGAUGAAAACAAGACAAAAUCCUAUUUACCCAAAGAUAAACAAUUCUUGAUUACACGCAAUGUACCUUGCUACCGCCGUUGCAAGCAAAUGGAAUAUGUGGGCGAAGAAACGGUUGUGGAAGAGGAGUGUGGCGAUGGUGGCUGGGUGGAAACGCAUCAAAUGAAUGAGGAUGGCACCAAAGCGGAAUUGGACGAUAAAAUUUGUGAACUGACUCUGGAUGAUCGGGACGAAAUGCACACUCCGGACAAUGAACAACCUGGAAAUAUGGACGAUGUUGUUGGGGCUAAUGAUGAGGAGGAUGACGAAGAAGCUUUAGAUAUGGACGAAUUCGAGGAAAGCGGUAUGUUGGAUUUAGUCGAUCCUGCGGUGGCCACCGUACGCAAGACGGAAAAGCCCGAAAGCACAAACACUGAGGGCGGGGCUGCCUCGUAUGAUACCCAAGACUCGGUGCUGCACACCCGUACCUAUGAUCUGCACAUAACCUAUGAUAAAUAUUAUCAAACACCACGUCUCUGGGUGGUGGGCUACGAUGAGAAUCGCAAACCCCUGACCGUUGAACAAAUGUACGAAGAUGUCUCACAAGAUCAUGCCAAAAAGACUGUCACCAUGGAAUCACAUCCCCAUUUGCCGGGACCGAAUAUGGCCUCGGUGCAUCCAUGUCGCCAUGCCGAUAUAAUGAAGAAAAUCAUACAGACCGUUGAAGAGGGCGGCGGCGAAUUGGGUGUGCAUUUAUAUUUGAUAAUUUUCUUAAAAUUUGUACAAACUGUUAUACCAACAAUUGAAUAUGAUUUUACACAAAAUUUCAAUUUAUCUUAAGGUGGAAUAUAUAUAUAUAUAUAUAUAUAUAUAUAUAUAUAUAUAUAUAUAUAUAUAUAUAUAUAUAUAUAUAUAUAUAUAUAUAUAUAUUUUAUUUUUUUUGUAAUGACACUCCUCAACACCAUCCUCCUCCCACAUGAUAUUAGAUAUAUGUAUGUAACGUUAUGGCUUAACUGCUUAAAACAUAAAUGUAAAAACAAAAAAAACACAUGCAGAAACAUUUCGAUUCUUUUGUUUUUGAACAUCUACCAUUACAAUUGGCAUACAUAAAAGUAGGCUUAAUUUAAUUGCAAUUUAUAAACAAAGAAUUUGUAUAAAGCUAUUGUUUUAAAUUAUUUUCAUUUCUUAUUUAAAUAAAAUGAUAUUCCCUAGUA